UGCUUUGAACCCAGACUUCGACGAGAGUUUCUAACACCGCCAGCAGCGCAAGAUAUGACUCACGCAUCCAACAUGUUGGACGGCAAGCACGACGCCAACAUCGACCACGUCGAGGAAUUGAAGAUGCCGUCCGGCACUGGAGAGAACCAUAUUGGGGGCAACGCUCUGCUCGUCCAUGAGGAUGGCGCAGUUCGCAAAAUCCCUGUUCCUUCCUCCAAUCCCAAUGAUCCCCUCAACUUCCGCGGCUGGGAAAAAAUCGGUAUCAUCUUCUGCUGCUGCUGGUUUUCAAUCAUGGGUCUCGCUAUGGCAAGUGGCCUGGGCGCUAUCCUCAAUGUUUUCUUCGAGAUGUACAUGCCACAGGGAUACAACGCUGAGCAGAUUGUAUUUUUACUUACCAUGCCAUCUCUGUGCAUUGGUCUAGGUAACUACAUCAUUCUACCACUUGCGCUCGCAUACGGAAGACGCCCGGUAUUCCUAGUCUCCAUGGUUGUUCUGCUCGCGGCUACGAUCGCUGCUGCGGUGCAGAACUCGUAUAAUGGCCACCUUACAGCACGCAUUAUCCAAGGUCUAGCAACCGGUGCCUCGGAAUCCUUGCUUCCUCUUAUGCUCACCGAGGUCACUUUUCUUCACGAGCGUGGCCGUGUCUUCGGCCUGUACUGGACGAUACAGAACAUCUUGAGUUCCACGAUCAACCUGGCUUCUUCCUAUAUCAACCACGAUCUGGGUUGGCGAUGGUACUACUGGAUCUUCGUCAUUACGGUCGCAGUAGGUUUGGUCAUCGCCUUCUUCUUCGGCUUCGAGACUCAAUUCGCUCGUCCGGCAGCAAGCGUUGAUGGACUCCUGGUAUUCACAGACGAGUACGGAGUAACGAACAUCAUUCCAGACUCUGAGGCUCAGGAUUAUCUUGCUCGCAUGUGCCGAGAAGGUAUGGAGCUGCCUACUACAGGCGACACAGGAAGCGAUGUCCCGCGUAAAACCUACGCCCAAAAGCUCCGCCCAUGGUCGGACGUUCAGAAGCAGCCGGUUAAGAUCAUGCUCCUGACCUACCUGCACAUGCUGCAAAGCAUGACUUCCCCUGGCAUAAUCUACGCGAUUCUCACCUCAUCCGUCGCCCUUGGUUGCGGAAUUGGCAUUUCUUUAACCUACAACGAAGUGCUAAUGGUCAACUAUGGCUGGAAGCCGCAGAACGUUGGUCUCAUUAACAUCGGAGGUGUCGUGGGCGCUUUACUUGGAAUGCUCUAUUGUAACCUACUUGGCGACAAGUUCGUGCUCUUUGCUGCGCGCCGCAACAAGGGUAUCCACAAGCCAGAGCACCAGCUCUUGACUCUCAUUCCACCGGCCAUUAUCGGGGUCGCCAUGCUGCUUCUAUACGGCUUCACCGCUGGCGGUGGUGUGACAUGGUGGGCGCCGUAUCUUGGCUGGACAUUCUUCCAAUAUACAUUCACAGCUGUGGUUAUUGUGUCGACGACUUUCGCAUCUGAAGCAACGGUGCAAAACCCGGGCCCUGCGCUGGUGGUCGUUGUUGGCACAAAGAACAUCGUGUCGUUUGGUGUUGCGUAUGGCCUAACGCCGAUGAUCCAUGACCAUGGUUACAAAUGGGCUUUCGGGGUCCUAGCUGGCAUUUUCGCUGGUAUUUUCCUGUUGGGAAUUCCAGUGUACUACCUCAAUCCCAAGUGGCGUGCUAGGCAACACAUAAAGAAGGCCUGAAAUGGUGUGGCGGCACUUGUGAUGAAUGUGUCUAAAAUGUGACUCAAAGGGGAUAAUGAUCUUUCUUAAGUAUAUAACGG